GCGUUGAGGUCUUUUCAAUCAGAAUUUAAUAUAUAUCAUUUGUAUUUUGUUUGCAGAGUAAUAUAAUGUACAAAAUAAAUGAAUUUAAUUGACAAUCCUUUAGUAAUUAUGUCUAAUACUGAUUCAAAUAAAAGAGUUUUAUGCGUGGGUCUUUGUACGCUUGAUAUUGUCCAAGUUUGCGAAAGUUUUCCCGUUGAAGAUUCCGAAAAAAGGUCUCUAGAAGGAUAUUGGCAAAGAGGUGGUAAUGCUUCUAAUAAUUGCUCUGUAUUAUCUGAACUCGGCAUUGAGUGUGAAUUUUUAGGCACAUUAAGUAAAAAGUGUUAUUUGCAAUUUCUCAUCGAGGACUUUAACUCAUUUAGUAUCAAUAUUAGUAAUUGUCGCUACUAUGAAGAUGCUGAUACACCAUUAUCUACAGUUAUUUUAUCUAGAAAUACAGGAAGUAGAACUAUUUUGCAUACCAAUCCUAAUUUACCCGAACUUACAGUAGAAGAUUUUAAAAAAGUUAACUUGGAAUGCUAUAAAUGGAUUCACUUUCAAGGCCAAAAUGUUAAAGAAGUUAGGAAAAUGAUGGAAAUGAUUACAACAUAUAAUUCAAAGGCAGAUGUUGGACAAACGAUUGUGAUAUCUUUAGAAAUUGAGAAAGUUAGGCCUGAGAUAGAAAUAUUAGCUGCAUUAGCUGAUGUCAUAUUUUUUGGAAAGGACUAUGCAAUGAGUUGUAACUAUAGCAAUAUGUUAGAUACAGUGAGAGAAAUGAAAAGUACAUGUAAACCAGGUGCAAUUAUUAUUUGUGCAUGGGGAGAGCAUGGAGCUGCCGCCUCUGAUUCGAAAGGAAAUGUAGUUUCAAGUCCUUCAUAUCCUCCGCCAAGAAUUAUUGAUUCAUUAGGAGCAGGUGAUACAUUUUGUGCAAGUGUUAUUAGUAGCCUGAUUAAUAAUCAAAGCUUACAAGAAAGUAUCAUUCUGGGCUGCAAAAUUGCUGGUGCUAAGAUUGGAAUUAAAGGUUAUAGAGGUUUGAAAAGUUUGUAUGAAAAUAUGAAAGAAUGUUAGUAAUGUAUAAAAAUAUUUAUUUUAUUCUAAUCCUAACAAUAUAUAAUACAUAUUUUCAUUUUUAUUCCUGAGCAACAUAAAGUUUUA